ACGAAGGAGUUAAUUUUUUCACUUAAGUUUAUGGGCAUCAUUAAUUUCAUGUUUUCUCACUAGCGACCCAGGUACCUUGAUCAUUUAAGAUCCAUUGUCACCCCGAAUAAAAGGUAGCUGUUGUUCCUAUGGGUUCAAAAAGGCGAAGGGCCACCUCCCCUUCCAGUAGUGUAAGUGGGGGGGACUUUGACGAUGGCCAGACCUCCUCCUCCACAGCUGGAAGCACCCGAAAGAGGAGAAGAGUUUCGAAUAUUCCCACUGUCGAUCCAAUUGCAGUGUGCCAUGAAUUGUAUAACACCAUCAGAGACUACAAGGAUGAUCAUGGAAGGCAGCUCUGUGAACUCUUUAUCAGGGCACCGAAGAGAAGGAAUCAACCAGACUAUUAUGAAGUGGUGGCCCAGCCCAUUGAUAUGAUGAAGAUACAGCAGAAGCUGAAGAUGGAGGAGUAUGAUGAUGUGGAGCAACUCACCCUUGAUUUUCAGCUCUUGUUCAAUAAUGCCAAGACUUAUUAUAAGCCUGAGACUCCGGAGUACAAGGCUGCCUGCAAGCUGUGGGACCUGUACCUACGCACAAAGAAUGAGUUUGUGCAAAGAGGUGACUACGAAGAGGAUGAAGAGGACGGGGAUGACAUGCAGGAGAACCCAGGAACAUCCACUGAGGAAGAGACUCAGCCCAGCUGUUUGAAGGAUGUCCUGGAACAGCUGCUGGAGACAGUGAUGACGUUCACUGAACCCUCAGGCCGCCUGGUUAGCGAGCUGUUCCAGAAGCUUCCCUCCAAAGUGCAAUACCCAGACUAUUAUGCCAUAAUAAAGGAACCGAUAGAUCUGAAAACCAUUUCUCAGAGAAUACAGAUGGGCUACUACAAAAGUGUCAACGCCAUGGCCAAGGACAUAGACCUCCUGGUGAAAAAUGCCAAAACGUACAAUGAACCAGGGUCACAGGUUUUUAAGGAUGCAAACACAAUCAAGAAGCUCUUCAUCCAGAGGAAGAUGGACAUUGAGCAUGCUGAGCCAACUAAAUCUAGUCUCCGCAUCAGGAAUCGGAGGUCUGCCCAGGGAGACCGCUUCUCAGCCAUCCCAAUGUCCCUGCAGUAUGGUUCAGAGAGUGAAGAGGAUGUCCUGCUUGCAGGGGCAGUCCGCUACGAUGAGGGGGAGACGGAGGCGGAGGGUGUGCACUCCAGCAUGGAGGUGAGCAACCCCAUCUUCCAGCUGUAUGAGGCAGUGCGGGGCGGGCGCAACAGCCAGGGCCAGCUCAUCGCCGAGCCCUUCCUACAGCUGCCCUCACGGAAGGACUACCCCGACUACUUCCACCAGAUCAAGCAGCCCAUCUCCCUGCAGCAGAUCCGAAACAAGAUGAAAAACAAUGAGUAUGAGACUGUGGAGCAGAUGGAGACAGAUCUAAUUUUGAUGUUCGAGAAUGCCAAACGCUACAAUGUGCCCCACUCCCCAAUCUACAAGCGGGUUAUGAAGUUGCAGCAGAUUUUACAGAUAAAGCGCAAAGAGCUGCUGAGGAGGGAAGACGAGGACGGGGAUAGCAUGCUGUCGUCCACCAUGUCAGACACGGGCAGCAGCAAGAGGAAGAGCCACAAAAAGAACACCAAGAAGAACCGCAUGAAGAUCCUGUACUCAGCGGUGACGGAGGCCCGCGAGCUGGGCACUGGCCGCAGGCUCUGUGACCUCUUCAUGGUCAAGCCUUCCAAGAAGGACUACCCCGACUACUACAAGAUCAUCCUGGAGCCCAUCGACCUCAGGACCAUCGAUCACAAUAUCCGCUCCGACAAGUACCCGAACGAGGAGGCCAUGGUGGAGGACAUGAAACUGAUGUUCCGAAAUGCACGUCAUUACAAUGAGGAGGGCUCCCAGGUCUAUAAUGAUGCCAACAUCCUGGAGAAGAUCAUGAAGGACAAGAGGAAGGAGUUGGGGCCCAUGCCUGACGAUGAUGACAUGGGUUCACCAAAACUGAAAAUAAGGAAGAGUGGCAUCUCGCCGAAGAAGUCCAAGUACCUGACCCCGCUGCAGCAGAAACUGAACGAGCUGUACGAGGCAGUAAAGAACUACACCGACAAGCGUGGCCGGCGUCUGAGCGCCAUCUUCCUGCGCCUGCCGUCCCGCGCCGAGCUUCCCGACUACUACAUCACCAUCAAGAAGCCCAUUGACAUGGAGAAAGUCAAGAGCCACAUGAUGGCCAACAAGUACCAGGACGUGGACUCACUGGUGGAGGACUUUGUGCUGAUGUUCAACAACGCCUGCACCUACAACGAGCCCGAGUCACUCAUCUAUAAGGACGCGCUGGUGCUCCACAAGGUCCUGCUGGAGACACGGCGGGACCUGGAGGGGGGGGACGACACUCACGUCCCCAAUGUCACCCUCCUCAUCCAGGAGCUCAUCCACAACCUCUUUGUGUCCGUGCUGAGCCACCAGGAUGACGAGGGGCGUUGCUAUAGCGACUCCCUGGCGGAAAUCCCUGCUAGUGACCCGGCCAGCCCCAGCAAGCCGCCGCUCAACUUUGAGAUCAUCAGGUCCAAUGUGGACAAGGGCCGCUACAAGAGGCUGGACGUCUUCCAGGAGCACAUGUUUGAGGUGUUAGAGAAGGCAAGGCGGCUGCACAGGACGGACUCGGAGAUCUUCGAGGACGCAGUGGAGCUGCAGCAGUUCUUCAUCAGGAUCCGAGACGAGCUGUGCAAAAACGGCGAGAUUCUGCUCUCCCCGGCGCUCAGCUACACCACCAAGCACCUGCACAGCGAUGUGGAGAAGGAGAAGAAGGAGAAGCUGCCCAAGGAGCUGGAGGAGGACAAGCUGAAGAGGGAAGAGGAGAAAAAGGAGGCAGAGAAGAGUGAGGACGCUACAGGUUUGGCAUGGCAGUCGGGACUCCAGCGCACGUACAGUCAGGACUGCAGCUUCAAGGACAACAUGUACCACGUGGGAGACUACGUGUAUGUGGAGCCGGCAGAGCAGAACCUGCAGCCGCACAUCGUCUGCAUCGAGCGCCUCUGGCAGGACGACGCUGGUGAGAAAUGGCUGUAUGGUUGCUGGUUCUACAGGCCCAACGAAACCUUUCAUUUGGCCACACGCAAGUUUUUGGAGAAAGAAGUGUUCAAGAGUGACUACUACAACAAAGUUCCUGUCAGCAAAAUAUUGGGCAAAUGUGUAGUCAUGUUUGUGAAGGAGUACUUCAAGCUGCAGCCAGAGGGGUUUAGACCAGAGGAUGUCUUUGUCUGUGAGUCCCGCUACUCAGCCAAAACCAAGUCUUUCAAGAAGAUCAAGAUGUGGACCAUGCCCUUGAGCUCUGUUAGGUUUGUCCCUCGUGACAUGCCAUUGCCUGUAGUCCGAGUGGCCUCCAUGUUCGCCAACGCCUCCAAGAACGAGCAGGACAAGCAGACAGAGAUGUCCGAAGAGGGCAAAGGAGUGGAUGCCAGUGUCAUCAUUGAAAAAGAGAAGGAGGAUGUGCCUGUGGAUAUGGCCAAUGGGGAGCCAGGGUGUCAGUACUACGAGCAGCUCCACUACAAUGACAUCUGGCUGAAAGUGGGCGACUGUGUCUACAUCCGGUCGCAUGGCCUAGUGCGACAUAGAGUGGGACGAAUCGAGAGGAUGUGGGUGCGAGACGGUGCGGCCUACUUCUUCGGUCCCAUCUUCAUCCACCCAGAGGAGACGGAGCAUGAGCCCACCAAGAUGUUCUACAAGAAGGAGGUGUUCCUGAGCAACCUGGAGGAGUCCUGCCCCAUGACCUGUGUCAUAGGGAAGUGUGCGGUGUCCUCCUUUAAGGACUACCUGUCAUGCCGGCCGACGGAGGUGCCGGAGGACGAUGUCCUGCUGUGUGAGAGCCGCUACAUCGAGAGCGAGAAGCAGAUGAAGAAGUUCAAGGGCCUGAAGCGCUUUUCCUUGUCUGCCAAGGUGGUAGAUGAUGAGAUCUACUACUUCAGGAAGCUGAUCGUGCCACAGAAGGAGCCGUCGCCAUUGCUAGACAAGAAGAUCGAGGAGCUUGAGGCCAAGUUUGCAGAGAUGGGGGAAGACGAGUUGGAUGACCUGGGGGACGAGGACGGGGAGGCUGCCGACACUCCAUCCAUGCCCCAGCUGCAGUCUCCUCUGGCCAGUGACCUGGAUAUAAUGCCAUACACCCCUCCACAGUCAACUCCAAAGUCAAUGAAGGGCUUGUCCAAGAAGGAGGGGUCAAAGAGGAAGAUCAACAUGAGCGGCUACAUCCUGUUCAGCAGUGAGAUGCGAGCGGUGAUCAAGGCCCAGCAUCCUGACUUCUCCUUCGGAGAGCUGAGCCGCCUGGUGGGGACAGAGUGGAGGAACCUGGAGGCCACCAAGAAGGCGGAGUACGAAGAGAGGGCAGCCAAAGUGGCCGAGCAGCAGGAGCGGGAGAGGGCAGCCCAACAGCAGCAGCAGGGGGCGUCCCCAAGAGCAGGUACCCCAGUAGGGGCGCUCAUGGGGGUGGUGCCUCCCCCGACCCCAAUGGGGAUGCUUAACCAGAACAUGACGCCUGUGUCAGGCAUGGUGGGGGCCUGUGGUCCACAUAUGAUGCCCUUACAGGGCCCUGUGGAAGGCAUGGUCAGUUUGGGCAGCAUGCCACCACAUCACAUGGGGGUGCCUGUCUUGCCCCACCACUUGCCGCCAGGUGUACCCGGGUUCCCUGGCAUGCUGUACCCGGGUGUGAUCGGACAAGGUGUGAACGCCAUAGCGGGAAGUCCAGGUGCCGCAAACCCAUAUGGGCAGCAGGUAGGCGUGCUGGGACAAGGCCAGCAGGCCCCACCCCCUUACCCUGGGCAGGCUCAGACGUGUCAGCCCGCACUCCAGCAGCCCUCCACCCCGAUGUUUGUGGCCCCGCCUCCCAGGUCCCAGCGCCUCCUACAUUCUGAGGCUUACCUGAAGUACAUUGAGGGCCUCAAUGCUGACUCGCCUACUGUCAGCAAGUGGGACCAGACCCUCUUAGCUCGUAGGAAAGACAUGCGGCUGACAAAGGAACAGGAGAGUCGGCUGCCCACCCAUUGGCUGAAGAGCAAGGGCGCCCACACCACGAUGGCCGACGCGCUCUGGCGACUGCGUGACCUGAUGUUGCGGGACACACUGAACAUUCGCCAGGCACACAAUCUGCAGAAUGUUUGAGCCGCCGAUUCCCCAAUUAUUUUAAAUGGAGGGAUAACAAAAGGUCGCAGAAAAGCAGUAAUCUUUUAAUAUACAGUAAAUUUUCCAAGGGUUUUAAGAUGUCAAAAUAAGCUUAGUUUCAGUGUUUGUUCGUUUUUUUAACUGUUACAUACCUGUAUUUGUAGAAACACUUGUUGCUCUUGGUGGUAUGACCAUUUUCAUAUAAAAUUUGAGGAAAUCCCAUGAUUUUUUGUUACCUUUUCCUGUAUUCUUUAACAGAGCAUCCUCUGCACUUCUGCAGCACUAAGGUUUAUAACGAACAUAAACAUGAAAUAUAAUGCUGUUUGCUUUCUGCUGAUGCAUUCUGAAAGCUUAUUUGAAAACAAAGAUACUUCACUUUCAAGGUUUCAAAUUGAUCAAGCACAAAUGCUUUUUAGCAACCAGUACAUUAGCCCAUAAAAAAUUACAAAACCAAAAAUGACAGGUGACUGGAGGACAAUGCUAGAUUAGGGUGGUCUGCUAUCCAGGCAGAAAUGCAGAGCACAGUUCAGCUUCUGUGUGCGGCUAAAACAUUCACUCACACCAAAACCCUGAUUCACCAGGAGUGAGUACAGCCAGAGGUUUCACUCACACUAAAACUGUUGAUUCAACAGGAACGAGUACAGUUAAAAUACAUUCACUCACUCUCCAACUCCAAAUGCAUCAAGAAUGAGUACGGCACUCACUCACCCCACAUUAUGGCCUAGGGCAUAAUCAAGACUGUAAAUGGCAUAGCAGGGCAUGCUGACCUGUUCCCUUGUUUUUAUGUCAAAUUAGUUCAUGUAGAGAGACUUACUAGCUCUGUGCCCAUGAGAUAUCAAGGAUCAGGCUGUCGCAGCCCUUUUUAAAGUACAGAUAAGUACUGAAAGAAACAUUCAAACCUACAUUCCCAAGUUUGAUGCAGAAGAAAGGCUGAAAACCUGGGGUCCCUCACAUUGAUUGGAGAGGAUAUGUUGUUCUGCUGCUGGACUCUAAGCAGUGGAAUUGCAUCCUAACAGCCAGCUGUACCUGAGCUCUGCAUUUAUUCAGUCCCUGUGGAUUCAAAGUGUCAUUCUAAGGUCAGUCAUACUGGAUCAAUUUUGCCACUGCACUGGAUACAUGUGUACUGACUUAGCAACUAAUAUGGGAGUUACAGUUUUAAGGGUUGGUUCUUAUUAUAUUUAUGUAAAAACCCACUGCUGCAGGCACUGAUUGGUCCCCGGGUUGCCAAAACAUUACCUCAUUGUAGACAGUCAUUAACCCCAUUACUGUCACAGUCUGUACAUUAGCUGUCUACCACCUGCCCUGAAAGGGUGAGUUGCAAGGGGGAGGAUAAGAAGCAAUGUCUGAUGAGAGAUCACCAAAUCUGCCCCUGUUUCAUGUUAUUGUUGAUGCUAAGCACCAACCUGAAUACUGAGGAGCUGCUGUAUCUCCAGGCAGCCAGCAUGUAGGUAAUGUAGCCAGGGAAGGAGACCAGUCCUAACACAUACACAAGAGCAUACUGUACCACUGUUUUUAGGGGGCACUCUGGCAACUAAUCACACCUGAA